AUGUGGUUCCGUUGCGUCUCUGCUUUUGCUGCUGCAAUCAACACCAACAACUCUGUUGGCGGAGCUUCGGGUUGGGAUCUCUCCUCCAACCUGCAAGCAUGGGCUACUCACGCCACUUUCCAUGUUGGCGACUGUCUUGAUCAGGAUUCUGUUCGGUAUAUCAUAUUUUUUAAUGGUAUUCCAGACUAUAGCCAGACUAAGGUAAGAGAAAUGCCUAUUGAUAAAUCUUGGAUGCAAUCUGGAAGGUCGUCAGAAGAUUAUUUUGCAGGAGUUGAAAGUUUUCUCAAUUAUGCAUACAACCAUGUUAAGCCGGAUGAUUCUAAGAUCUUUUGUCCUUGCUCUAAAUGCAGUAAUAGAUAUAGACAUCUGAGGUAUGAGGUACACAAGCAUCUUCUUUAUAACGGAAUUAAACUAACUUAUACUACAUGGUAUUUGCACGGUGAGGGUGAGGAUGAUGAUAGUGAUGAAAGUGAUGAAAGUGACAGUGACAAUGAUGGAAAUGAUGUGGCCAGUACGGAGCAAGACGAUGAUAUGCAUGGUUUAAUAGAAGAAGGUUGUCCACAAGAUCCAAAUGGAGAUGCGCACAAGUUUUACAAAUUGUUAGAAGAGGCAGAACAACCAUUGUACGCAGGUUGUGAGUCGUAUUCUAAUUUGUCUUUUGUUGUGAACCUGAUGCAUAUAAAGGGUAUCGGUACUAUGAGCAAUAAAGCAUUUGGUAUGUUGCUAACAUUGUUGAAAAAUGCAUUUCCUUUUUGUGAGAAGUUACCUACAACCACCAACGGUGCAAAGAAAGUUAUUUCAGAUUUAGGUCUUCAUUAUGAUAAAAUAGAUGCAUGCAAUAAUGAUUGCAUCAUUUAUUAUAAGGAGCAUGCAAAUGCAACGCAGUGUCCUACAUGUAAGCUUUCGAGAUGGAAGGGACAAGGAAAGGGUAGCAAAAAGAAAGGUAAAAGGGUUCCAUGGAAGGUGCUUAGAUAUUUUCCACUCACACCAAGACUUCAAAGAUUAUUCAUGUCAUCCAAGACAGUUGUAGAUAUGAGGUGGCAUUUUAAGGAUCGUGUAAAAGAUGGAGUGUUGAGGCAUCCGGCAGAUUCUGAGGCUUGGAAAUCGUUUAAUCAAAUUCAUGAGUCAUUUGGUAUGGAACCUCGAAAUGUAAGACUUGGUUUGGCAAAAGAUGGAUUUAACCCUUUUGGGAACAUGAAUUUGCACUAUAGUAUUUGGCCGGUUCUCAUAUAUCCAUAUAAUCUUCCUCCGUGGAUGUGCAUGAAGGAGCCUUAUGUUUUCAUGACUUUACUUAUUCCUGGGCCCAAGGGUCCAUGCCAUGACAUCGAUGUAUACAUGAGACCAUUGAUAGAUGAAUUGCGAACAUUGUGGGAAAUUGGUGUUGAAACUUAUGAUAUAUAUGAGCCACCUCAGAAGGUCAUAAGGAUUAACACAAUCCUAGCCGACUCUAAGGAGUCUGGGUUGACCAGCAAGGAAAAGAAGAGAAAGAUCAAACAGGCCACUGUGAUUUCCCAAGUCUCGACCGACCUUUUACCAACAAAAGAAGAUCCUGUAAUCGGCUUCCAAAAGAAAGAUCUAAUCGGCCUCGACAUGCCACAUAACGACGCCCUUGUCAUCAGCAUUCAAAUCGCCCAGGCCAUGGUCGACUGA